ACUGUACAAUUAACUCUUAGUCAUAUCAAAAGGGAGGUGCUUUUGACCUUAACGACCUAAGACGAGUUGCCCUGUGUAUAUAAGUCUCUUGAGGUGGACAUCACCAACACUGCAACAGAGUAAACGCAACAAUGAACACUUUCAUUUUCUUCGGCGUGUUGGCUUCCGUCGCCAUGGCAUACGGCGCCAGUCUUCCCGCUCCUGACGUACAGCAUCAACUCCAGGCUGCUAGUGUCCCAGAGCAAGCAGUCGGAGAAUUAGAGCCGCAGGAGUCCAGAGGAUGGGGCCAUAGUGGAGGAGGCUGGGGCCACCACGGUGGAGGAGGCUGGGGCCACCACGGUGGAGGAGGCUGGGGCCACCACGGUGGAGGAGGCUGGGGCCACCACGGGGGAGGAGGUUGGGGCCACCACGGGGGAGGAGGCUGGGGCCACGGAGGAGGUUGGCACCAUGGUUAAACGUUUAAUAAGUCAAUGAAUUAAUGUUAUUUAACAAAUCAAUCUGUGGGCCUUAGAUGUAACAAACAACUAAGUAUAAGUAUGUACUUUAAAAUAAAAUGUAUUUUUAAAUUUAUUUUCUUAUUAAUUUCAGUUAGGUACUUACUUAACUAUUAUAAAUAAUGUUAUUGUCG